UGAAUUUUAAAUGAAUUGUCAAACUAAUCUAUCUUAUUUAGACAAACUAAGGGUUUGGAAUAGUAGAAAGUAUAUGCCCCACUAAAAUCUGUGCGUUUUGUAUUACAUGUUGCUGUAAGUUUGGAUAGCAUUAUACAUGUCUCAAUCGAUAUCAAACAUUCUCUUACUAACAGUGUAAGCAACUAGUUUAGUUAUUUGAUCGUAGGAAGUAUUUUUACGCGCUUUCUGUCAAUAAAAUCUCUUCAAAUUUAAUAGUUUUUUAUAUAUAAGUGUAUAUAUUUUUGUGUUUAACAAUGCAGUCUUUGCCUUUAGUUUGUUUCCUGUCUAUUAUACAUCCACCGGAAAUUCAGUUUGAAAACGCAGUUCUGCAGGCAUCGCCCGUUGACAAAUCCAAAUGUCCGUAUGUCAGACAAACUCAUGAUAUACAAUUCCAAUUAUUUACCAGGCACAACCCCAUAGUAUAUCAAGAAUUAGUUUUAAACGACGAUGAACAACUAUUCGCAUCCAAUAUCAACUUUAAUGAUCCGACUGUAAUUUAUUUCCACGCUUUUAUGGAGCAAGCUACGGAUGGAUCCGCUUUAGUUGUCAGAGAAGCGUAUAUGCAACGUGGCGAUACAAAUUUAAUAAUAGUAGAGGCCCAACGUUUAGAAGCAGGCCCUUGGUAUUUCACCGCGGCUGAAAAUACUUGGUACAUCGGACGUUAUGCUGCUAAUUUUAUUGAUUAUUUAGUAUCAAGAGGUUUAAAUCUAUCUAAAACCCACUUUGUGGGACACAGUUUAGGCGCCCAGUCGGCCGGAGUCGCUGGAGCUUCGUUAAAAUCAGGUCUCGUAGCCAGGAUAACCGGGUUAGAUCCAGCGCUUCCUUUAUUUGAUAAACUACCCUUGAAGCAAAGAUUAGAUUCAUCGGACGCUGAAUUCGUCGAUAUCAUACAUACGGACUCCGGGAUUUUUGGAUUCCCAGGACCAAUAGGACAUGCGGAUUUCUAUCCAAAUGGUGGGAAAAGUCCUCAACCUGGAUGUAACUUAGAAGUGGUUCUGCCUCAACAACUAUUGUUAAAUAAAUUCUUUUGCAGCCAUUGGCGUUCGUAUAUGUUCUUCGCGGAGUCGGUACUACGACCGAAGUCUUUUGUCGCGUCAUCAUGUCCUUCCUGGCAGCAGUACAGCAAGGGGGAAUGUGCUGAUGCUCCCAAUGUCCACAUGGGAUAUGGAACUGAUACCAGGGCCCGCGGCAACUAUUUCCUGAUGACGCAUAAAAAUUCACCUUACUCGAUAGAAUGAAUAUAAUACUCGUAGAUAAUAAAAUAAUUUAGUUUUAA